AUGCUCGCUUCUCCUUGUAGGCGACCUAAGCCCCGUUACAUUGAUCCAUCCUCCCAAACUUUGGAAGAACUAGCGCUUUUCUCCGGACUACACAAAAUCUUCUUAAAAAUCGGACCAGCACAUCCAACAAAUCGAUUGCAAGAAAAGAAUUCUAACAAUUCACAAAAGCGCGAAAAAAGUCUGAAAAGCAUUGGGUCACUUAAACAAAAAAGACCAAGUGAAGUGCAGCAUCCAGUGAAGGUUGUACGAACGGAAACAUCUAGGCAGUACGAGUCUAAUCUGAUCCAGCUGGACGUCUACUCAUCACGGGUGGGUCAACCCGAGCAACUUGACAACCCGUGGGGCAUUAUUGCUUUCAAAAAGGUGAUUAGCCUACUUACAGUUUUGGCUGCACUUGCAUCUGUCUCCCCAAAGCUGUCUCUUGGUUAUCCAGCCAGAGGCCAAGAAAUUGAGUGA